AUUAAUGCGGACUACUAUGCUGCGGAACUCAAACAUGUGAAAACAACAAUGUCUGGAAGGGAGUCCUACGGAGACGAUGCAAUUGGCUAUGUGCAGCUGCACCGGGAGCAUGGACUUUGCACACUUAAGUGCAAAAUGUGCCCAGAGCACAAAGUGAGAUCAAAAGCUUAUAAUGUGACAAUGGUUAUCAACGAAAAUGAAAGCGAGAUAAUAAGUUGUCAGUGCCAUGACUGUGCUGCUUCAGCAGGAGGCUGCAAGCAUGUAGUCGCUUUUUUGAUGUGGGUACAUCGGCGCAGUGAGGAACCUCCAUCUACUUUGGUGGAAUGUUAUUGGAAAAAGCCAACAUUGUCAAGAGUACAUCACGGUGCAGCAGAUGUCGAAAAAGGAAGUACCGCACAGACCAAGUACAUCAGCACUUUACACAGACUUUAUUUUGGAAGCCAAAAAAAGAAAACUUCAACACUGUGAAUUGAUAAAAUAUCAGGACG